CUCUCUCUCUCUCUCUCUCUCUCUGUGUCUGUGUCCCUUUCCCUCUCUCUCCUUCAUUACUUUUGGGGGGGAGUGAAUGAGGACUGGAUUGGUUGUUUUCAGAAAAAGGAGCUGUAUCGACACACAGAUCAGUAGCAUCCUUGUUGAAGUGGCUGUCACAUGAAUUCUUUGGAGACUUCUGAAGAAAAGAGAAAAAACCUGAAACGAGCAGAUCCAAAUGGUUUUUAAAAGCUGAUGGUGGUUCACUGUGAGAUAUUUCUUAUAAAUUUUCUUCAGCACACGGAAGCAGUAUGCUCAGUUAAGCUUGCAGCUUGAAAUGCUUAUGCACAGCAAAAUAGUUACAAAAUCUGCAGCUGAGUAAAUGGAAAAGAGUAACAUGAGGAUUAUGGAUCAGUGAAAUCACUGCCUUUGGACAUGCCUUGUGAUUGCUUAACUGCCUUAAAAUUUAUUGUGGGAAGUGGGACAACUGCAGUGAGGAGAACCUCAGAAGACUCCUGACAGAUGAAAAGAGAGCUACUUCCCUCCACUAAUGCUGCAUGAAUGAAUUAAUCAGCCCUAUUCUCACAGCAUCUGCAAGGGACCUGAUUGGGGUGAUUAAGAGCUUCUAUCAGCACUGGAUAAAACAGUAGGUUUGUCUUUUUUUCCUCUCACUUGUUCAAUUUCAAUAUAGAACUGAAAAGGUCUCAGAAAAAAAGACCCACCGAAGUUAAUCAUCCUGGAAUAGCAGCAGAACCACUGUGCACUGACGCAAACCUUUCUUCUGUGUGAACUGUGCCAAAAAGAAUCCACGAAAUAUACUUCCAAACAUCUGUAAAGUGAUGAUCAUCACAUGGGAAAUUGAGAAGCUGACAUAUGACAUAGUUCUGAACCAAAUGGGAGAUAUCCAACUGCCAUGAUGUUCCAGAAGGCCUUACUACAAAAUAAACAAGAGUAGAAAAAUUUAACCAUGUUUCAUGUGUGCUUGCACACUAGCUUUCUGUAGAUAUUGUAGACAAGUCGAAGGCAAACCUACAACCAUUUUUUUUUAAAGUUCCCAAAUAAUAUACAGAGGCUAACAAUUGUGGCAAAAGGUUGUUUUAUAUCUGUCCCUCUUACCCAUGAUCAGCCAUCUUGUGAAAAAAAUGCAGCAGUUACUUCUGGAUUUAGAUUUUUGAAUGACCAUUAGGCAAAGACCAUUUCUCUAGAAAUAAUCAUGAUUGAUAAUUAUACAUGUAACAAGACUGAUGGAGACAAUACAGAUUUUCGGUACUUCAUUUAUGCAGUGACAUACACUGUUAUUCUUGUGCCAGGUCUCAUAGGAAACAUAUUAGCCUUGUGGGUAUUUUAUGGCUAUAUGAAAGAAACCAAAAGGGCUGUGGUAUUUAUGAUAAAUUUGGCCAUUGCUGACUUAUUGCAAAUUCUUUCUCUGCCACUGAGGAUCUUUUACUACUUGAACCAUGACUGGCCGUUUGGUCCUGGCCUCUGCAUGUUUUGUUUCUAUCUCAAAUAUGUUAACAUGUAUGCAAGCAUCUACUUCUUAGUCUGCAUCAGCGUACGAAGAUUUUGGUUUCUCAUGUACCCCUUUCGUUUCAAUGACUGCAAACAGAAAUAUGACUUGUAUAUCAGCAUUGUUGGCUGGCUGAUCAUCUGCCUUGCCUGCCUACUCUUUCCUCUCCUCAGAACCAAUGAUGAUACCCCAGGCAACAGAACAAAAUGCUUUGUGGAUCUUCCUACCAGGAAUGUCAAUCUGGCUCAAUCUGUUGCAAUGAUAACUAUUGGAGAGUUGGUUGGGUUUGUUACUCCUCUUAUGAUUGUCCUAUACUGUACCUGGAAAACAGCUUUAUCAUUACAAAAUAAAUACCCCAUCUCUCAACAUCUUGGAGAGAAAAAGAAAGCCUUGAAGAUGAUUCUGACCUGUGCAGGGGUAUUUCUAAUUUGCUUUGCACCAUAUCACUUCAGCUUUCCUUUAGAUUUCCUAGUUAAGUCCAAUGAAAUUAAGAGCUGCCUAGCCAGAAGAGUGAUUCUAAUAUUUCAUUCUGUGGCCCUGUGUCUGGCAAGUCUGAAUUCCUGCCUUGACCCAAUCAUAUAUUAUUUCACCACCAAUGAGUUCAGAAGACGUCUUUCAAGACAAGAUUUGCCUGAUAGCAUCCAACUCCAUACAAAAUCGUACAAAAUUGUGAGUAACAAUACCACUUCUACAAUGGCAACUGAACUAUGCUAAAUAAAACCCCAAACUAAACAUGGCCUAGAAUGAAAGUACCAGAACAUGUUUGCAAUAUUCCAUCAACAAGAUAGUACUCACAAAAUCAGUCACAACUUUUAAAUGUGUUCUAUAUUACUUAAAUGGGGAAUGCACAUAUUUAUGGCAGGACCUAUUUAGAACAUCAUGUUUCAUUAUCAUUGCUGGUGACAUGUCUAUUCAGUAAUGUAUGAGCAAGUCUUUAAGACUUGAGUGAUAAAAUUUUAAUGACACUCUACGCACAUAUGCUCUCAGCUAGGGUCAUCAGCUUUAUCUGUGAACCUAAGUCACAAAGAGAUUACUAGCUCAAACUCACCUUAAGUACUGAGUUUUCUUACCUCAGAUGAUGAAUUCAUCAGAGGGAAUGCAAUUGUCUAUUUGUAGUAGUGAUCACAAUUUGCAUUCCAACAACAUUUGGUUGUUUAAAGUGGGAGGGACAAUACUUUAUGUACACAUAACAUUACAAAAAUAAAAUAAUUUUUAUCUCCAAGGUAUGAUUCCAUUCCAUGAUUUGAAAACUCCUAUGCUUGGCUUCUUUGGUUAGUGUCAAUAUGAAAUACUGUGACAUCUAAUGAAUGAAUGAAUGAAAUUAUGAAAUCAGGCUUUGGUAUAUUUAAACUAAGAACAACAAAACAUUCAUGACACACAAUAAUUUUCUGUGAUUGUAUAAAAUGCUACAUUGAAUAUUCCCAGGGCAGGUAGUUUUCUAGAGUCAACCCAAUAUGACUCCGAUGGCCUCUAGGCUUAAGGGAAAGGAAGCAGGUGACAAUCACAGUUCUAGCUCUCUUAAACUAGUUCCGAAGAACAACUUCAGAAAUGUAUGAACCUGCCUAGGAGAGGGAUUUUUCCCUCAUGUUUUACAAUUAAAGAAGUCUAAUAGGUUACUGCACUUACUGAGCUUAUGGAAGAAACUGCACCAAUUAUUCACGAAGCUUGGGCCGGUGUGAAAAGAUGAAGCAACUAUUGUCCUUCAUUCCCCAAGCUAAGUGGUUCCUGUCAAUGCAUCUACACAAGCCAGAGUAGGGCUUGAAGACACUGGUCAUGUGGGCUUUCAAGUCUGCAUUUUUUUUUUUUUUUUUUUUUUUUUUUUUUUUUUUUUUUUUUUUUU